CACAAAUAGUAUCAGUCACAAAGAGAAGUUGAAGAUGACUCAGUCCCAGACCAACGGCGGAGACAGAGCAGAAGCCACCAAAAUGGCAGAGCCUCCUUUGAACAAUGAAAUGAUGUUUAAUAGGAGCUUCAGCACCGGCAGCUGUUUAUCAAAGGAAGAUGAGGAGACUCGUACAGCGCUUUCUUCGUUUAGAGCUAAGGAGAGUGAGAUUGAGAAGAGGAAGCUGGAGGUUCGUGAACGUGUACAGGCUCAACUUAGUCGUGUCGAAGAAGAAACCCGCCGUCUCGCCACAAUUCGCGAGGAGCUUGAGUCUCUUGCAGAUCCCAUGAGGAAGGAGGUUUUGGUGGUCCGUAAGAAGAUUGAUAGCGUUUACAAAGAGCUAAAACCAUUGAGUUACUCUGUUCAAAAGAAGCAAAGGGAAUACAAAGAAGCAGUUGAUGCAUUCAACGAGAAGAAUUUGGAGAAAAUUCAGCUUAUCACCAAACUCAUGGAUUUGGCUGGAGAAAGUGAGAAUCUGAGGUUGAAGAAGCUUGAAGACCUAAGCAAGAGCAUCUAGAAUGUCACAACACACAUGCAUGACAAAGAUCAUCAAUCAAGAACUUAUUGAGUUUGGGUCUUGGUUCAUUGUGUGAAUUGUAAUUUAUCAUCUUUCUUCUUUUGUAAAAAUGUGAAAUUUAUGGAUGGGGUUUUUCAUUUUUAAACACAGCAUACUUGCAUGUAAAAAAGUUG